GGUCAUGUGGAGGAUGUGAGGCGGCAAGUGCAAGAGGCUGUUCAAUCUCGUCAUAAAAUUGACAAAAUGUAUGCUGCUUUUACUGGUCAACCUUUGGAGAAGGUGCAGCAAUAUACUGAAAGGGAUCGUUUCUUCUCUUCGUCGGAGGCCUUAGAAUUUGGACUUAUUGAUGGGGUGUUGGAAACAGAAUAUUAGUUAGGAAACAGACGGUACCCUGUCAGAGUUCAUCGAUCAGGCAUUGCACACUUUAGAGGUGGACUUGCCCUACAAUUUGCAGGUUUGGUGGUUUGGUUGUCUCCUUUAUCUCCAGUGGACUUCUGAGCUUAGAAAUUCAAAGCCUUAACACAGAAAGCAGAAGCGAUCUGUAAUUUGAUGAUGUCAUGUAUAAUCAUUCUCAUGUGAUUGUAAAAAUUUUACGGUGCGAGACCCAUAUUUAGGCCUGCUGGUCAGGCUUGGUAGGGUUAUUCCAAUCUACUUAUAGUUUAAAUGGAAUUAUCUUCUCAUUUACUCAGUUUUCAUGUAAUUUGAAUGCGAGCCAAGGUGUAGAAAAUUAUCUGUCACAACUGUGGUUCUGCCAAUUUUAUUCAAUUCUUGAGUGUGCUCAA